AUGGGCACAGUAACGGACGACCGUCCCGACGACGGUCCCGCAGCUCGCGAUGCCACCACCUCCGCCACCGCCGCCGCCGCGACCGCCUCCGCCACCAACCCCACCUCCGCGUCCGCCGCUGUCGCUUCCGGAAAGCGCAAAGAGCGGGAAGAAGGCGCGGGGGACGGCGCAGACGGCGACGAGCAGCGGGAUAACCGCGGAACUGGGGGAACGGCGGAAGCAGCGUCUGGGCUGACUGGGGGGGAAUUGGCGGAAGGACGGGCUGCGGGGGAAGCGGAAGCGGCGGAAGCGGAAGCAGCGGAAGCGGCGGAUCUGGGUCCGGUGGUGGGGCCCGUCAUUCCCAAGGCGAAGAAGAAGAAAAAGCCGCUGGUGUUCGAACGCGUGUACCUGGACGCGCUGCCGUCCGCGGAAAUGUACGAGAAGAGUUACAUGCACCGCGACUGGGUGACGCACGUGGCCGUCUCAGAUGCUGACUUCUUCAUCACAGGCAGCAGAGACGGCCACCUCAAGUUUUGGAAGAAGAAGGCCGUGGGGUGGGGGUGGAGUUUGCAAAGCGCCCCUUCCCUCCUGCCGCCAUCACCUUCCUGUUACCGUUUUUUUCUCCCUCAUCGAACCCCCCUUCAAGCAGGCCACCUCAAGUUCUGCAAGAAGAAGGCCGUGGGGGUGGAGUUUGCGAAGUGUCCUUUCCCUCCUGCCGCCAUCACCUUCCUGUUACCCCUUUUUUCUCCCUCGUCGAACCCCCCUUCAAGCAGGCCACCUCAAUUUCUGGAAGAAGAAGGCCGUGGGGGCCACCUCAAGUUCUGGAAGAAGAAAGCGAUGGGGGUGGAGUUUGCAAAGCACUUCCGAGCACACCUGGGGCCGGUUGAAGGGCUGGCGGUGAGUGCGGACGGCACGCUCUGCAGCACCAUAUCCUCGCAGGACAAAGCCGCAAAGAUCUUCGAUGUGGCGACCUUCGACAUGAUCUCAAUGCUCAAGCUGCCCUUCGAGCCGUCCGCCGUUUGCUUCCUCUUCAAGCCCGACAACGCUAUAGCGAAACUCGCUAUAGCGGAUAAGAACUCGCCGGAUAUCCACGUGUUUGAUGCGCGGGGCGGCACGAACGAGGCGGUUGGGAGGGUGAAGGUGCACGGGGCGCCGGUGGUGGCGAUGCAGUUCAAUGUGGCGGCGAAUGUGGUGGUUUCCACUGAUGCGAGUGGGAUGAUUGAAUACUGGAGCGCUGACACGUACACGUUCCCUUCAUCAAGCGUGCGCUUCAAGUACAAGACAGACACGGACCUCUAUGCCCUGGCAAAGGCCAAGACUACAGCACCUUCACUGGAGAUCUCCCCAGACGGCACCCAGUUUGCCACUGUCUCUCCGGACCGGCGCAUACGGGUGUUCUGGUUCGCCACUGGCAAGCUCAGAAGGACUUAUGAUGAAUCACUGGAGGCAGCACAAGAACUACAGAGGGGGGACGUGCCUUUGUACCGGCUGGACGCAAUCGACUUUGGGAGGCGACUGGCAGUGGAAAGGGAGAUGGAGAGGGAGCGGGAGAGCAACGACGACGUGCCGUCGCCCAAUGCUGUCUUUGACGAGACGGGCAAUUUCAUCAUUUACCCGACGCUUCUGGGGAUAAAGGUUGUGAACCUACACGAGAACAAGGUGGCACGGAUCCUGGGGAAGGUGGAGAGCAACGAACGCUUCUUGCGAAUUGCACUGUACCAGGGGGGCAAGGCGGCAAGGCGGAUCAGAAAAAUGGCGACCAUUGCGAAUUCUCAAGACGCCAAGGGGGGGCCGUCCGUGGACCCUACCCUGAUCGCAUGUGCUUUCAAGAAACACCGAUUCUACCUCUUCAGUCAGCGCGAGCCAGAGGAAGGGGAGGAGCCAUCACAGGGCAGAGACGUGUUCAACGAGAAGCCUCCGCCGGAAGAGAUGCUUGCGCUGGCUGAAGUGGCGAGAACCGGAGCCUCUGCUUUGCCAGAGAGUGUGGUGAUGCACACGAACAUGGGUGACAUCCAUUUGAAGCUCUACACAGAGGAAUGCCCGCGCACAGUAGAGAACUUCACGACCCACUGCAGCAACGGGUACUACGAGGGGCUGCUGUUCCACCGGGUCAUCAAGGGCUUCAUGGUGCAGACCGGCUGCCCGCUGGGCGACGGCACGGGCGGCCAGAGCAUCUGGGGAGGCGAAUUCGCCGACGAGUUCCACAAGAGUCUGCGCCACGAUCGCCCGUUCACUCUAUCGAUGGCCAACGCAGGCCCCAACACAAACGGCAGCCAGUUCUUCAUCACCACUGUUGCCACGCCUUGGCUUGACAACAAGCACACCGUGUUUGGCCGUGUGGUUAAAGGCAUGGACGUAGUACAGCUUAUUGAGAAGGCCAAGGUGGAUCGCAACGACAAGCCAUACGAAGAUAUUAAGAUCUUAAAUGUGACCGUGCCCAAGUAG